AUGGAAAUUCGCUUGUUACUUGGAGAGGAAAAAGGAAUUUUUGCUUCUACUAUUAAAAACUUUUAUCAACAAAAAACAAAUCCUAGAAGUAAAAACGAUAGAAGCAAUUCAACAGUGAAUGCAGAGGAAGGAAUAUUGCAAGGAAAGAGAUCACUAGAUGAAUAUGAAGAAGAUCAGGCAUUUAGAAUGGAUUUCAAAGAUCCAGUUGAUUUUAUGCAGUAUCUAGAGGAACAUAUUCAGGAUAGUUUUAAAAAGUAUAAAACUCAUUAUAAUUACAUUGCCUUGGUUCAAAGGUUCCCUUUAGAAUCACCAAAAUCUGGUGAAUUUCUUAAAGAACUUAAAGAAUGCCAUAGUGUUGAUGAGGCUGAGAUGCAAAUGAUACAGAAAGAUAAGCUUUAUAGUUUUUGGAAUGAAAUUGCACAAACAAGAAAGUCAUUUAAAGGAACAUCAGCUUUGUUAGAUGGAAAGGCUAAUAUAUAUAAAUCCAACAACCUUGCAUAUAGAGGAUGUAGGAGGGCAUUGGCAUAUAUCAAUUCCAUAUUUGAAAUCCAAGAACUACAAGGACAACAAGGUUUUGAUAUUUGCCAAUUUGGGCAACCACUUUGGAUAGCCUACAUAGUAGCAAACAAAAAUGUGAAAGGAACUAUAUCAUUUACUCAAAGCAAACUGCUUGGUAGAAUGGAUCCAUCAGUGCUAGUCUCAAAUGAUAAUGAUAUGAGAAAAAAUCAUAUAAAGCAAAGGAUUGUCUUGUUACAUUUUGGAUGUACUGCUGGUCUUCACCUUUGUCUUAAAAUGGAACUACCUUCCCAGUUGGCUAGAAACCAUAUGGCAACAAUAGUGGCUAUUAAUGAAGAUAGAAUAGAACUGCUAGCUUGUUAUCCAUUUGAACCAAUUCUUUCUGAAGUAGCCAUAAAAAUUUUAAGUGUAGACAAUUAUCGACUAAAGGCAAUAGAAAUUUUAAACAGUAUUAUUUGGAAAGGAUGUAUUAUGGAUGCUGGUGACAGGGGUGAGCUUGAAAUGAGAAUUGUGUUAUUGACUGUUUGGAUGCAUACAAAACCAUUAGAUUUUUAUUCUCGACAAAUCAAUGUUUUGGAUUUUCUGCAAGCCUUUUUUCCACAAUCAAAUAUUAAUACUUGCACUAUCUUGAAAGCGAAUAAAAAAACAGAGAACUUUGGAUGUAUUGUUAUUCAGAUAAAAAACUGGGCAAGAAGACAAACCAACUUUGAUAAUAAAGUGGGUAGACAAUUGAAAGCAACUCAUGUUUUUAGUGAGGAAUUAGGAAAACAUAUUAGUAAAGAGUUUUAUUUAGGCAUUUAUAUUCACCUUGAGGUAUAUACAAAUGAUUCAAGCUUUACAUUAUAUGAUUAUAGCAAAAGUGGAAAUAGAUGGAAGCUCCAAAAAACUGAUGGGAAUAAAGCAACUUUUAAUAGAAUAGUAGUUCUAGGGUUGUCAAAUUUUUAUACUACUAAUGACAGUGAGAAAUUAAAAACAAUGAAGUCUCUUGUACAAGCAUGGGAUAAUCCAGUGAUGG